AUGGGAGUGUUUGAGGAAGAUCGCUCAAUUAGAGUCUCGAAACUGAACAAGCUAUGGGUUUCUGAGGGUUUUCUUAAACCAAAAGAUAACAAAAGCUUGGAAACAGUAGGUGAAGAGUACUUGAAGGAGCUAGUUGACAGAAAUCUCAUUCUUGUUCAUAAAUUGGGCUCACUUGGGAAUAUAAAACAAUGCAAAAUUCAUGACUUAUUGAGAGAUUUGUCAUUGAAAGAAGCUCAAAAGCAGAGGUUUUAUUAUGUCCCGAGGCAAAAUAGUCUUGAAGGCAUCGAUGCACAACGUCGUGUUGUUAUUCCCAAAAGUACUUCGAAGGAGAAGGUCCUCGAUGCCUUGAAAUCUAUGUCGCAUGCUCGUUCCUACAUAAGUGAAUAUCGAAUAGUUUGCGAAUUGCCAGAUUCUAGAUUGUUGAGGAUGCUGAAUACAUUUGAUAAAAAUGUAAACUCACGCACAUUUUCUCAUAACACACAAGAUGUGUUUCAAUUGGUGAACUCGCGAUUCCUUGCUCUAGAAUCUUUUGGAGACAAGCAUGUUUCUUCGUCACUCUCUCUGCUUUGGAAUCUGCAUACACUAAUCGUUUCAUCAGGUGAUGUUAUUGCGCCGAUUGAGAUUUGGAAGAUGCAUCAACUUAGGCACGUCGACUUUGGUUAUACGGAUUCGUUGUAUCUGCCUGAUCCUCCGAGUAGCGAGAGCGAUGUUAUCAUCAUGGAGAAUCUACUCACGCUUAAAGGAGUGAAGAAUUUGUAUUUGAAUGAAGAAGUGGUGAAGAGAAUUCCCAAUAUCAAGAAAUUGGAUAUAAGCUACGUGGGAGAUCUGAUUGAGAGAGCAGAUUGUCUCAGCUAUCUUCAUUGUUUGAGUAAACUGGAAAUCUUCAGCUGCUCCACACAGUGUGAUGAGUAUUUGCGAAAGAUUCGCUUCCCGGAUUCACUCAAGAAGUUGACUCUCGAUGCCUCGUAUGAUUUUGAUCUUGAGUUGGAAGACAUGUUGGUAAAGAUUGGCUCGUUGCCCCUUCUUGAGAAGCUUGUAUUAAAAUGGGGUAUCUUCAAAACAUGCAGGUGGGAAACAAUUGAAGGCCAUUUUCCCAAGCUCAAGUCAGUAGCUUUGUGGUGGUGUAAAGAUCUGGAAAACUGGAGCUUAGAGAGCUCCCACUUUCCACAUCUUGAGAAGCUUGUUAUGUUUAGAUUAAACGAACUCAAGGAGAUUCGUUCAGAAAUCGGAGAAAUACCAACGCUCAAAUCAAUUGUGUUGACAGAAUGCAGUGAAUCAGCAGCGGUGUCAGUUAAGAAGAUAGUAGAGGAACAAGAGGAUUUGUACGGAGACGAAGUAGACCUUCGUGUUCGAGUUAUAUGCCGAGGAGGCACAGAAAAAAGCACGAGCACUGCAACAUUUAGCAAGUAG